AUGUCAAAAGCUGAUGAUCCACCUGCUUACGAUGAUGUGCUAACAGCAAAGGAAUUUGAGGCAAACAAACACUUUUAUGAGGACAAAUUCGUGAAGAUUACCCGUGAGGGAAUCGAGAUAAAAUGUUAUUAUUUCCCGACAACACAGAAUAAAUUCAUCCCAUUCAGUGCCAUAAAAACAGUCUAUUACGAUGCACAGGGAUGUCUAAAGAAAUGCUGUUACAUAAAAUCGUGGGGAAUGGCAUUCUCGAAUGUUUGGUGGGCAUGUGAUAUGAGAAGACAAUGCCCAAUCGGUGACAAAUCAAAUUACAAUGUGAUUCUGGAUGUUGGUGAGAGUCCAAUGAAGGGUUUCACCGUCUCCGACAUUUCUUCAUUUCUUUCUGUUCUCAAAUCGCAUCUCCCCGAUAUUCCCACAAAACCCGAGCUUCCAUUC